AGUCGUGUUUGGAGUUUGAGAGAGGAAUCAAGAAUGGCGUCGAGUCUGGUGAAAUCCCUAAUGAAAUCGACGGUUUUGGGAUCGACGGGGACCAGAAAUUUCUGCCUUGUUAGGAGUCAAAUCAGCAACCACACAGCAAAAUGGAUGCAGGAUACAAGCAAGAAGUCCCCGAUGGAGUUGAUCAACGAAGUUCCACCCAUCAAGGUUGAGGGAAGGAUUGUUGCAUGUGAAGGGGACACCAAUCCCGCACUUGGGCACCCGAUUGAGUUCAUAUGCCUUGAUCUUCAUGAGCCGGCUGUCUGCAAGUAUUGCGGUCUACGCUACGUGCAGGAUCACCACCACUAGAAACACAGCAGUAACGGUUCCGCAAGUUCCUUGGUGGUCCUUCAUUGAAGCCAUUUCGUAAACAAGUUCAAUUGAUAAUGAUAAAACCUUUAUGUGCUUCACAAUCAGUGAAAUAAGGAUUUGAUUAUGCCUGUUGUGUUACUGUUCACAGAUGAAUGGAUGUUGCAUUUCAUU